CGGGCGAGGUUUCCGGUGUUGUGACUGAAACCCGUCAAUAUGGCGGCGAUCGGCCGCGGCCGCUCUCUGAAGAACCUCCGAAUACGAGGGCGGAAUGACAGCGGCGAGGAGAACGUCCCGCUGGAUCUGACCCGAGAACCUUCCGAUAACUUGAGGGAGAUUCUCCAAAAUGUGGCCAAAUUGCAAGGAGUAUCAAAUAUGAGAAAGCUGGGCCACCUGAAUAACUUCACUAAGCUUCUUUGUGAUAUUGGCCAUAGUGAAGAAAAACUGGGCUUUAAUUAUGAAGACAUCAUAAUUUGUUUGCGCUUGGCUUUAUUAAAUGAGGCAAAGGAAGUGCGAGCGGCCGGGUUGCGAGCGCUGCGCUAUCUCAUCCACGACUCCAGUAUUCUGCAGAAGGUGCUAAAGCUCAAAGUGGACUAUUUAAUAGCUAGGUGCAUUGACAUACAACAGAGCAAUGAGGUGGAGAGGACACAAGCCCUUCGCUUAGUCAGAAAGAUGAUUACUGUGAAUGCAUCCUUGUUUCCUAGUUCUGUGGCCAACUCAUUAAUUGCAGUUGGAAAUGAUGGACUUCAGGAACGAGACAGAAUGGUCCGGGCUUGCAUUGCCAUUAUCUGUGAACUAGCACUUCAGAACCCAGAGGUGGUAGCCCUUCGAGGCGGACUAAACACCAUACUGAAAAAUGUGAUUGAUUGCCAAUUAAGUCGAAUAAAUGAGGCUCUCAUUACUACAAUUUUGCACCUUCUUAAUCAUCCAAAGACCCGGCAGUAUGUGCGAGCUGAUGUAGAAUUAGAGCGAAUUCUAGCACCAUAUACUGAUUUCCACUACAGACACAGUCCAGAUACAGCCGAAGGGCAGCUCAAAGAAGACCGAGAAGCACGCUUUCUAGCCAGUAAACUGGGGAUCAUCGCAACAUUCCGCUCGUGGGCAGGUAUUAUUAAUUUAUGUAAACCUGGAAAUUCUGGGAUACAAUCUCUAAUUGGAGUUCUUUGCAUACCAAAUAUGGAAAUAAGGCGAGGUCUGCUCGAAGUGCUCUAUGAUAUCUUUCGUCUCCCUCUGCCUGUUGUGACAGACGAGUUCAUAGAAGCCCUGCUCAGUGUAGAUCCAGGGAGAUUCCAGGACAGUUGGAGGCUUUCGGAUGGCUUUGUGGCAGCUGAGGCAAAAACCAUUCUUCCCCAUCGUGCUAGAUCCAGGCCAGACCUCAUGGACAAUUAUUUGGCACUGAUACUCUCUGCAUUUAUUCGUAAUGGGCUUUUAGAGGGCUUGGUGGAAGUGAUAACGAACAGUGACGACCACAUCUCCGUGAGGGCCACCAUCCUGUUAGGAGAGCUCUUACAUAUGGCAAACACCAUCCUGCCUCACUCGCACAGCCACCAUCUGCACUGCUUGCCAACCCUUAUGAACAUGGCUGCGUCCUUCGAUAUUCCCAAGGAAAAGAGGCUGCGAGCCAGUGCAGCCCUGAACUGUUUAAAACGUUUCCAUGAGAUGAAGAAGCGAGGACCGAAGCCCUACAGCCUUCAUUUAGACCACAUCGUUCAGAAAGCAAUCGCCACUCAUCAGAAGCGGGAUCAGUACCUUCGAGUUCAGAAAGACAUAUUUGUUCUUAAGGAUACAGAGGAAGCUCUUUUAAUAAACCUUAGAGAUAGCCAAGUCCUUCAACAUAAAGAGAACCUUGAAUGGAAUUGGAAUCUGAUCGGGACCAUCCUCAAGUGGCCAAAUGUAAAUCUAAGAAACUAUAAAGAUGAGCAGUUGCACAGGUUUGUGCGCAGACUUCUCUACUUUUACAAGCCCAGCAGUAAACUGUACGCUAGUCUGGAUCUGGACUUUGCCAAGGCCAAGCAGCUCACGGUUGUUGGUUGUCAGUUUACAGAAUUUCUUCUUGAGUCUGAAGAGGACGGGCAAGGAUACUUAGAAGAUCUCGUGAAAGAUAUUGUUCAGUGGCUCAAUGCUUCAUCUGGAGUGAAACCCGAGAGAAGCCUUCAGAAUAAUGGUUUACUGACCACCCUUAGUCAACACUACUUCCUAUUUAUCGGAACACUCUCUUGUCAUCCUCAUGGAGUCAAAAUGCUGGAAAAAUGCAGUGUCUUUCAGUGUCUCCUUAAUCUUUGUUCCUUGAAAAACCAAGAUCACCUGCUAAAACUCACCGUUUCUAGCCUAGACUAUAGCAGAGAUGGAUUAGCCAGAGUCAUUCUUUCAAAAGUCCUCACGGCAGCUACGGAUGCCUGCAGACUGUAUGCAACAAAACAUUUACGGGUUUUAUUGAGAGCUAAUGUUGAAUUCUUCAACAAUUGGGGAAUUGAGUUACUAGUAACUCAGUUACAUGAUAAAAACAAAACAAUCUCUUCUGAAGCGCUGGACAUUCUUGAUGAAGCUUGUGAAGACAAGGCCAAUCUUCAUGCUCUUAUUCAGAUGAAACCAGCCUUAUCCCACCUUGGCGACAAGGGCUUGCUUCUCCUCCUGAGAUUUCUCUCCAUUCCGAAAGGAUUUUCCUACCUGAAUGAAAGGGGUUAUGUUGCAAAACAAUUGGAAAAAUGGCACAAGGAGUACAAUUCAAAGUAUGUUGACCUGAUAGAGGAACAGCUUAACGAAGCCCUCACUACGUACCGGAAGCCAGUCGAUGGUGAUAACUACGUCCGUCGCAGUAAUCAAAGACUACAGCGACCUCAUGUCUAUUUGCCCGUACACCUUUAUGGACAACUGGUACACCACAAAACAGGCUGCCAUUUACUGGAAGUACAGAGCAUCAUCACGGAACUCUGCCGCAACGUUCGCGCGCCAGACUUGGAUAAAUGGGAAGAGAUUAAAAAGCUGAAAGCCUCUCUUUGGGCCUUGGGAAAUAUUGGCUCAUCAAAUUGGGGGCUUAAUUUGCUACAGGAAGAAAAUGUGAUCCCAGAUAUACUAAAACUGGCAAAGCAGUGUGAGGUCCUGUCCAUCCGAGGGACCUGUGUAUAUGUUCUUGGGCUCAUAGCUAAAACCAAGCAAGGCUGCGAUAUUCUAAAAUGUCAUAGCUGGGACUCUGUGCGGCACAGUCGCAAGCACCUGUGGCCCGUGGUUCCGGACGACGUGGAGCAGCUGUGCAACGAGCUCUCCUCUGUCCCCAGCACGCUCAGCUUGAGCUCUGAGUCGACUGGCUCCAGACACAACAGCGAGAGUGAGUCUGCACCGGCAAGCAUGUUCAUCCUGGAGGAUGACCGCUUCGGCAGCACCUCUACCAGCACAUUCUUCCUGGACAUCAAUGAAGAUGCCGAGCCAGCAUUUUAUGACCGACCUGGACCUAUAAAAGAUAAAAAUUCAUUUCCCUUUUUCGCCUCUAGCAAACUUGUAAAGAAUCGUAUAUUAAAUUCACUUACUUUGCCUACUAAAAAACACCGCAGUAGCAGUGAUCCAAAAGGAGGAAAAUUCUCAUCUGAAAAUAAGACGAGCAACCGGCGAAUCAGAACACUUACAGAGCCCAGCGUUGACUUUAAUCACAGUGAGGACUUCACAACCAUCUCCCCAGCGCAGAAAACAUUACAGCUAGAGACUUCCUUUGUCGGGAAUAAGCACCUUGAAGACGCUGGCAGCACUCCAAGUAUUGGAGAGAAUGACUUAAAGUUCCCCAAGAGUUUUGGUACAGAGAAUCACAGAGAAAACACAAGCCGAGAAAGGUUGGUUGUGGAAAGCUCAGCGGGCUCACACAUGAAGAUCCGCAGCCAGAGCUUUAACACAGACACUACAACGAGCGGCAUCAGUUCAAUGAGCUCAAGCCCCUCCCGAGAGACAGUUGGUGUAGACCCUGCGACUAUGGACACGGACUGUGGGAGUCUGAGUACUGUGGUAAGUACUAAAACUGUUAAGACGAGCCACUAUUUGACACCACAGUCUAACCAUCUGUCUCUCUCCAAAUCGAACUCAGUGUCCCUGGUGCCACCAGGUUCUUCUCAUACCCUUCCUAGAAGAGCACAGUCCCUUAAAGCACCCUCCAUUGCAACAAUAAAAAGUCUAGCAGAUUGCAACUUCAGCUACACAAGUUCUAGAGAUGCCUUUGGCUAUGCUACAUUGAAAAGAUUACAGCAGCAAAGAAUGCACCCGUCCUUGUCUCACUCUGAAGCUUUGGCGUCGCCGGCAAAAGAUGUGCUCUUUACAGACACCAUCACCAUGAAGGCCAACAGCUUCGAGUCCAGACUGACGCCGAGCAGGAUCAAUUUUAAAAAGAAGCAUGUCGGGGGAGUCAGGAGUGUAAGACCUACAGUAACAAACACCCUCUUCAGGUUUAUGAAGGCUUUAAGUUAUGCAUCAUUAGAUAAAGAAGAUUUAUUAAGUCCUAUUAAUCAAAAUACCCUUCAGCGAUCCUCCUCAGUUAGGUCUAUGGUAUCCAGCGCUACGUACGGAGGUUCUGACGACUACAUUGGACUUGCUCUGCCUGUAGACAUCAACGACAUAUUCCAGAUAAAGGAUAUUCCUUAUUUUCAAUCAAAGCAUGUGCCUCCACCAGAUGACCGAGGUGCAAGAAUGUUUUCCCAUGAUGGAGGAGGUCUUUCCUCUGGAACCGGGGGUCUUGUAAAGAACUCUUUUCAUUUGCUACGGCAACAGAUGAGUCUCACAGAAAUAAUGAACUCCGUCCAUUCGGACGCUUCUCUGUUCUUAGAGAGCACAGAAGACACUGGCCUGCAGGAGCACACGGAUGACAAUUGCCUUUACUGUGUCUGCAUUGAAAGCCUGGGCUUCCAGCCCAGCAACCAGCUGAGCUCCAUCUGCAGUCACUCCGACCUUCAGGAUAUUCCAUACUCUGAUUGGUGUGAGCAGACAAUCCCCAACCCCUUAGGAGUAGUUCCCUCUAAGUUCUCGGGGAUUUCCGGAUGCAGUGAUGGCGCUUCUCAGGAAGAAGGCUCAGCCAGCAGCACCAAAAGCACUGAGCUGUUACUGGGUGUUAAAACCAUUCCAGACGAUACUCCAAUGUGCCGUAUCCUGCUUCGUAAAGAAGUGCUAAGAUUAGUCGUCAAUUUGAGUAGUUCAGUGUCCACCAAGUGUCACGAAACCGGGCUUCUGACCAUUAAAGAGAAGUAUCCUCAAACAUUUGAUGACAUAUGCCUUUAUUCUGAAGUUUCUCAUCUGUUGUCACACUGCACAUUUAGACUUCCAUGCCGGAGGUUCAUACAAGAGUUAUUUCAGGAUGUACAGUUUUUACAGAUGCAUGAAGAAGCAGAGGCUGUGUUGGCAAUUCCACCAAAUCCACCUAUAGUUGAUGAAUCUGCCGAAUCCUGACCUCAUAUUUAUGAUGUUUAUAGCUAGAUACUAUAUAUGUAUUCAUAUUGUGGAUUUUCUAAAAGCCUCACAAAACACUGGCUGACAGUGAGGCAGGAGAAUCUUCUGACACUGACCAGCAGUUAUUGGUACAGGACAGCUAGGAUUGCUGGCGUCCCUAGCCCAGCCAGCGUCUCUCCCAUUGGGCCCUCCUCCAGGGUCGUGAUUCAUUACCACAGUUUUCAUUCAGUUGCCAUCAUAUGCAGGAGCCAAGCACUGAACCUGCAUAGGUUUUCUAUUUUUUUAUUUUAGAAGCAAAAUGGCAGUGGAACAAAGCAGGGCAUGACGAAGCCUCCUCCGCACAGUUGUUUCUGAGUGCUGUCUAAUCAAGGGUAAAUACAAAGAUGCCUUGUUUGUUAACUAAUGUGGAACCCAGGAGUCACGGACUCUGAGGCUGCAUCCUGUUACCCCGUGCGCUGUAACUGCUGGGAUCAGAGGAACACACUGGCCUUUCCACACUUCCUUAAUGUUUGUAACACUACUUCAGAGGUUUAUAACUUCAGAGCAAAAGGAAAGCCUCAACACUCGGAACUUAGAAGUUAUUUUCAAUGCUAGAUUGCAUAAGGAUGCUUAUUUGUUCUCCUUCUCUUCAGGUUUGUUGCAAUAUGUUGUUAAAGGCUAUUUUUACUAAUUAAGGUUUUUCACUGCAGUUGUGAUCACAUAAAUAGUAGAUAUGAAAUGCUUCUCAUGUCCAGAGCACAUUAUACCCAACUGCAAAAACUCCCCUCACCACUUCAGGGGUUGAGCCAGCAUUAGUAGUCUGGACCCAAGCAAAGGAAAGCAUUAGACAAUGCUGCUGCCGCUGCUGCUGCUGCUGCUGCUGCUGCUGCUGCUGCUGCUGCUGCGACCUCUCAAGGAAAAGACACAUUUGCCUGCAAUGUACACAUUCCAUGCAAAGAAGGAAGAGCCAUAUGUCCUAUCAAAAAGUCAUUGAGACUCAUUAUUAAGAUUAAAAAUUGUGGUGAAAAGCCUUAAUUACUAAGUUUUAAAGCAGCGAUAAUUUUUGUUAUUGUUUCUGUUUUGCAUAAGUUGCAGUUAUAGGUGAGUUAAAAGUAUAGUCGUUGCCUUUAUCACAUUUGUGAAGUUGAUGAAGGCAAGAUUUUGUCUGUCUAAUUUGUUUAUGUAUAAAGAUACUUGGAAAUCUUUACAGGAAUUAAACAUAUAUGCAAAUUUGUACAUAAAGUGGCAUGAACAUCAUUACUAGAAUGCUUAUACACGAAAGGGUUAUCUUUUUUGAAAUCAUAUACAUAGAACAGACCAUCCAGCUGGACUGAGUAGGACCUUUGUGAUUCCUUUGUGUAACCCAUUUUACAAUUGCACAUCAGCUUUAACAUGUCAUAGACAUUGGUCCAUAUUUUCUUAUGUCAUACACCCUUCUCAUAAUGGUCUUGUUUACAAGAUCGCCGUAAAGUACCCUGUGAACUAGAAAAUAUAACUCACAGAAAUUUUUCUUUUAAUUUGCUGGCACUGAAAGUUCGCACUGGGACGAAGCACUUCAUCUCCCUCCCUAACUCCUCUUUGACUGCACUUCAGCGAGUUGUUCUUAUGUGCACUGUGUAGUAACUUCAAUGAUAACCAAGCAGACAAGGGCUGAAAGCUGCUGCUCAAUUACCACACAGUUCUCAUUUUCUCAGAAAAUACAGUGAGGGGAAAACUGUCCUUUCACUUCACCACUGAACCCGUGUUCAUUUACAUGUCAGCAGUGCUUGUAAGAGCACGCCUGCCACCUUGGUCUUUGGUCUUGGACAGUAAAACUGCCUUUCCAGAGAACCGAAUGUCAGAGACACUAGACCAAAUGGUGGCUACAGUUCCAAAGGCAGUAAUGUAGGCUUAUUCAUAAAUGGGAUUAAUAUUUGAGACAUUCAUUUUAAACACUACCUCAGUUAACAGAGUAUAAAAUCUGUGGUUUCGUCCCUAGAAAGUUAAUGAUAACUAUUCUUGUUUGUUUUUCUUCACACAAAACUAUGCCCAUCCUUGCACACCUGAGUCAGCCAUCCUGCAAUGAGGCUGUGCCCUAGUGUCCUAAGCCAAGGAUUUUGUUUUGACUUUUUUGACUGUUACUUUGAAAGGUGGGUGUGUGGGUGUGUGGGUGUGUGGGUGUGUGUGUGUGUGAGAGAGAGAAAGAGAGAGGGAGAGAGAGAGAUUAUAUCUGCCUAUAGCACUUACUUUGGGAAGAUAUCAGAGCUUUGUGAUUACCAAUAUAUUGGGGAAAAUUGUCUAUGCUUAAAUUCAUAGUGCUAUUUGGUUUAACCAUGGUUUCACCAACAGGUGUAAUACAUUUCCUUUAAGUACGUGUAUAAAAGUAGACUUUUAUGACGAAAACUACAUGCAGUGCCAAGUGAUUAGCAUAGGUAUUUAAGACUAUUAAAUUAUAGCAGAAAAGGUUAUGAAUGAUGUCAAUGGUAAUAGAAAUCAUUGAGAAAAUUGUCUAUAAAUAUUAGAUAUUACCAAAAAUGUCAAUACUGUAGUUUUUCAAAAGUUUAGAAUUAAUCUUAGUCAUAUAAAUUUGUACUAUUCAUAAUUAUUUAAUAAUUUGGAGGAGUUUGAACAGUUAAGCUGGCUGUAAACUGUGAAUUUCUAAUUGUAAAUUGUCAUUUCUAAUUGAAAUUUUUUCAAGAACAGAUUUCAGCUUCACAUACUAAGUACUGACAAAAAAGUGAGAAAUUUAGUAUUUAUAAGAAAAUAGGCUCUAAAAUUUCUUAUACUUUUCUCUUUCUGCUUAGAGUAUAAUGGAGGAAGAAAGUGUCCCCUAACUUAAGUGUGUCUAAUAAAGAGUAAGCGUAGAGACACCCCAUAAGACAGUGGCAUUGCAGGCUCUUAGGAAGUGCAUGCACUAUGGCCCUGGCCACCCCAGCCACCCGAAGCUGGGUCCUCAGUAGCUCUCCGCUCUUACCCUGAGCACGAGACCUUUGCAGCUGAGCUCCGUCUCUGAGGCCGAGCGUGCAUCAUGGGAUGCCAGUGUGUGUGUGGACUGUCUGCUGCUGAUUCCAGCACUGCCCGCCUCUUUGGAGGAUGCCGCUGAUGCCCCGUUCAAAGCACAGAUCCUUAAGCAAUAAGAAGCAAACCUGUCAUUCAAAGUAUAACUGCAAUUAUUCUCCUGUGGUAAGAGUUAGGUGCUAAUUUUGUGUGAGAAGAACAAGUAACCGCUUUGGAAAUAGAGUUUGGAAGUAAAGUUUUCCCCCCUCUUUUUACUUCCAUUUUGUCCCAAAUUCACAAUUCAUGAAAGAAAAGUAGAAUUGUUUGGGAGACUUCUGAGAAGACCUGCUUGCAUUGAACAUUUCAGAUUUUCUUGAGUGUGGGUUGGACAGGUCUCCGUUUUCUCCAUACUGACAGUCUUUUGUUGCCAUCUUAACUCUCUUAGCUUAGAGAGUGGUGGCUUCACUGAGUCUCCCUUCCAGGCCUUCCAGUGACCUGGAGGACAGUGCCUAGGAAGACACAGACGUCUGCUAGUCUUUCCAAGAGCCGUUUUCUUUUCACUUCAGGUCCCCAGGGGGGUUCAUUAUAGUAAAUUUAUAUGACUUACAGAAUGUGGGAUUCUUCCCCUUUGAGUACUUUCAUAGUUAGGUGGAUAACUCUGCCACAGAUGCAUGGAUUGCACAUUUUGACUCUAUAAUACUUAGUGUGAAAAUUAAUUUAUGCCAAAAAGGAAACAUAUCUUACAUUUUUCCCAUUUAACUUGGUUGAUCUAGCACAAAAUGCAAAGUCUUGGGGCAGAGCCGGAGUGGUAAAAAAUUUUUAAUGUAUGAUUGUUGAAAAAUGUUCCAUUACUAGCCUGUCAAAAAACCCUAAUGAUGCAUUGUGAAAUAAAUGAUGUAAAUUAAAUUAGCUUUGAAAAGUGAUAAGGGGUCAUAAAGAGAAUCUCAGACUUAAUGCUCUCUGACCACAUGACCUUUUUUUUUUUUUUAUUUAGUAAUAAC